UUGCAGAAGUAUGCUUAUCUAACGGAUGAUGUAACAACAAAUGCUGUUGAUCGACCGGAUCGUCGGCCACCACAUUCAGCUACGAUUGGUAAAAGCAGCGAACUGGCGUCUUCAGGCGGAGAAGUUGCAUUUGUUGGCCGAUUGAUCGAAGAUAGCUUUGUUUUACAAAAUGCGGUGAGACUCUAUACAACGAUGGUGGGUAAAAAGUCAAGCUUAACUGAACUGCGAAAAAAACUGAGACGUUGUGUGAAUGUUCGAUUAACUGUUACAACACUCUGUCAGGGCAGGACACAUCGUUGGGUACUGGCAUGGACUUUCGAAUCACGAAUUAAAUUGGACAAGCUCGCCGACUGUACGCCUCCUUUGGAAUUGGGAUUGCCACAUGUUCUGGAAGGUCGGGAAAGUUCAAUCGCCUGGAUAAGAAAAGUACUUGCUUUGUUGGAGCAGCGUCAAAAACGACGGGCCGAACGAGCUUUAGCCUCACUUUCCGCCCCUCCAGCAAGCAAACGUUUUUGUUUUGGACGAUCGAGCAUUGGUUGCACCGCCGAAUUGGGAAGUGGUGAUGGCAAAGAUAGCUUAAGCGAAGCCGGAAACCACAGUAAUUGCUUGCUGAUCAGUACAAGUGAUGCGAACAAACGUGAUGCAUCC